UUUGUGGGUUUUUGUUAUAAAAAAAGAUUGCCCUAAUUUUAUUAAUUUUUGUGUAAUUUUAAUCAAAAAAUACAAACUUUAUUUGUGGGGUGUCUUUGAUUAAAAAAAAAAAAGUUGUGCCCUAAUAUUUUUUUAAUUUUUUUUAUAAUUGUUAAUGAAAAAAAGGAGAUGGAUCCAAAGAAAAUGGUAGUGGAUUUAAGUUCAGAUGAUGAAGAUGAUGAUCAUAAAUGGUUAACAAAGCUUCUAGAAGAAGAUGAUGAUGAUGAUGUAAAAAAUAAUAAUAAUAAAAAAGAUGAUGGAGUUAUUAUGGUUAAUGAGAACGAAAAAAAAAUUGUAAAAAGUUUGAAAGUGAAAUUGAAGGUAAAAGAGUGUUUAUUAGUAGAUGAUGAUGAAUGUGUUGUUCUUGAGAAUGAUCCUAAUGAGAAGUUGGAAGCUAAGAGUAAAAAAGAUGGUGUUAAUGAGGAUGAUGAGAUAGUCGUUGUUAGCGAAAAAGGACAGGUUGCAUGCCGAGAUUACCCACAUUCAAGGCAUCUUUGUAUCAAAUUUCCUUUCUCCACUACCCCUGAUCAAAGUCACUGCGAACAGUGCUACUGUUAUGUUUGUGACUCCCUUGCUCCUUGUGUCUAUUGGGGCAAUGGCAGUGCAACUACCGAUCAUUGUCAUGCCACAGAUAAAGAUGACUUGUGGAGACUCGCUAGGGAAAACACCAGGAACGUUAGCAAAGGCGUCCCACCUAUUAAACGGCCCCUCUCUGUGGACCCUCAAAGACUAGCACCUGCCAUGGUGCCUCGAUCUCUAGACCCGAUUGCAAGGCCCUGCUUGAUUCAACCUCAAACCCCUCAGAGACUAGCAACGGCCAUGGUUUCACCUCAAAAUCCAAUUGCAUCACCAAACUUUCAACCCUCUAAUUUUCACAACCAAAAUCGAAGCCAUGUACUUGCAUCAAGACAUAAAUUACAUACGAACUUGAUCUCGCAGGCUAUGCGUAGGAACCGCCAGAAUUCAUACUCAGGCAAUCAGGCUCAAAAACAGGUAUUAAGAAAAACAGCUUCGGUUGGUGUUACAGCAACAGCUAACCAUGCCUCAUAUGGCUCAUACAGGAUCCCAUUUGGAGAUUCCAGUAUGCAGCAAAACCAAAACUCAUAUGGCUCAUACUGUGGCCCAUAUAGAGAUACCAAUAGGCAGCAAAACCAAAACUACCAUGGAAAUGGAGCGCUUUCCCGGCCAAAUAAAUAUUUACGAAUGUCACAACCAAAUGCAGUGAACACUUCUGCUCCAAAUCCUCCUCAAAAUCAAAGUUAUACAUCUUUGAGUGUAAAUCAACCAUCGCCUUGUGAAGCUCAAUUCUCUAUGCAAUCAAACCCGAGUUUUCAAUCUCAAGUCAAUACUAGCCCGUUCCCUGGAAACCCACUCUAUCAGGCGAAUCUGGUUACACCAUCGUAUUUACUACCCCAACUACCGUCCUCUCAAUCUGGCUAUGUGGAUCCCAUACAGUCAAAUUACCCUGUUCCUUUCAGUCAAGUAGAUAGUUUGUCGGUUUCAGUUUCAGAUUAUAUCCAAAAUUCUGCCCAAGGAACUCAACCUCAGAGUCCUCUAAUGAAUCCGAAUUUUCAAGAUAAUGAGUUGAAGUUACCUUUAAACCAAGAUUCUGUCACACUUGAAGGUGCGAUGCCAGCUAGCGAGCCAAUUCUUGGAGAGCUCUGUGACAACUUAGCAGACUAUCAGUAUGAUUGGAUUUUUGAUGACCAGUCAGUGGAACCAGGGCGGCUCCUGGACAAUCCUGGACCAAAUGGCUUAUAUGACUUCUCAUCGGAUUCUACUUGUAUAAACACAGGUCCAAUUUUCGACUUCUAAGCCUAUGUACCAGAUGCCUUUUUUGCUUGGCAGAGAAUGGUAAAAGCUUCACCAUUUUAACACUCCUGCUUUGUUUGGGAUUUAUCAGAGGAUUUGAUGACUGGGUGGUAGAUGUAGCUUUUAGUAUUGUUAUGUUUUAGUUUUUUUUUUUCUUUUUUUUUUUUGCCCAUUUUGGGUUAUUUCUAACUUGGUUUAGGUUUCAAGCCUAGAAUUUUAUUUUUAUCUAUGUAGUUUAUCUUUCUACAUAACUUAGUAUUGUAAAUAAUUUUUCUUUUAAUCCAUCUUGCAGUUCUCUCA